CGUCCCAGUGGACGGCAGAAGCGGCGCGCUGUGGAUGUGACGUACGGCCGGGAGAUCAGCCGGGAAACGUCCGUACUCGUAUUACUUCCAAGUGCGCGACCUGCCACCGUUGUCGCUCCCCGCACCCGAACUCGGCUUGUCCGAGACUGACAACCUCAGGGAGCCAUGAGCGAAAAGACAAAGCUUCUGAACCGCAGUCCUUCAAACGGUGGCUACGGCACUGUUGCCGGUACCAAGGGACUCGCCGAAGACCUCUCUGAGCCCAACACGAGCUUCACCAAGCGCGACUGCGUAAUAGUGGCGGUGGUUGCGGUGCUGGCGCUGGUGGCCAUCGUCACCACGCUGGUUUUGGGUCUGCCCCAAAUCAGCGAGAAGCGGGCGCGUUACUCGAACAUCACGUUCAGCGCGUCACCCUCGCAGCUCGGCCAGUACCGGCAGGCGGCCGUCACCGUCGACGGGGAGCCGUGCGCACCGAUCGGCAGUGAUAUUUUAUUAAAAGGGGGAUCAGCCGUUGAUGCAGCGGUCGCCCUAUUGUUUUGCAAUGGCGCUGUGAACCCUCAAAGCAUGGGCCUUGGUGGGGGUGUAUUCAUAACAGUGUAUACAAAUGCUACUGGAACAGCAGAAGUCAUUGACGGCAGAGAGGCAGCCCCAAUGGCUGCAACGGCGGAAAUGUUUAUUGGGAACAGUUCACUCCUUUCAUCAGGUCCCCUGUCUGUUGCUGUUCCUGGAGAGUUGAAAGCGUACAACACAGCUCAUAAAAAAUAUGGCAAGCUGCCCUGGUCUCAGCUGGUUGAGCCUACGAUAGAGCUUUGUAGGAAUGGUUUCCCAGUUGGCAAGCACCUGGCCAAGAAACUUCAAGAGAAGCGAAAUGGCAUCAUUGGGGAGCCUGCCCUGAAGGAGUCAUUCUUCAACAAUGAUACAAACGAUGUGUUCAAGGAAGGAGAGAUUCUUAGGCGGCCAUUGUUUGCCGACACGCUCCAGUUGAUCGCUGAGAAAGGAGCUGAAGAGUUCUAUUCUGGGGAGCUUGGAAAGAAGUUUGUCCAAGAUGUGCAGCAAAUGGGUGGCCUCAUAACAGAAGACGACUUGAAAUCUUACCAGGCACAUGUGAAACCAGCCACUAAGUACACCCUCCUUGGUGAACAUGUCAUGUACAGUGUGCCCCCACCGGGCAGUGGACCAGUGCUUUCUCUCGCCCUGGGCAUCUUGUCUGGUUACGGGUACAGCGGGAGCAAUGCCACAAGCAAUGUGGACGACGCUACUCUUAUGUACCAUCGCAUUGUGGAGGCCUUGAAGUUCGCUUACGCAAAGAGAACCUACCUUGGAGAUGAAGCUUUCGUCAACAUAACAGACAUUGUGGCACUGAUGUUGUCGAGGGACUAUGCCAAUUCUUUAAGGUCCAAAAUUUCGGACAUUGAGACUCAUGAGCCGAGCUUUUACGAACCAGCAACACAUAUGAACGAGGACAAAGGAACGGCACAUGUGAACGUGCUGGCAUCAAAUGGUGAUGCUGUCUCGGCUACCAGCACAGUGAACAGAUACUUUGGAGCAAUGCUGGUUUCACCAUCGACGGGCAUAGUUCUCAACAGUGGCAUGGAUGACUUUUCUGUGGAGAACGCUACAAACAGUUUCGGCCUGGAGUGGUCCACAGCCAACCUUAUUGCCCCAGGCAAAAGGCCAAUGUCGUCAAUGUGUCCCACUGUUGUCACCGAUUCCUCUGGUGCUGUGCACACUGUCAUUGGUGGUGCUGGCGGUUCUCGUAUCACCAGUGGCACAGCUCUGGUUUUGUUCAGGACACUUUACCUGGAAGAAACAAUCAAGCAGGCCAUUGAUGACCUUCGUAUUCAUCACCAGCUCUAUCCAAACCACAUUUUCUAUGAGAAGGCUUUCCCACCGAUUAUUCUGGACAAACUGCAAGAGUUUGGCCACAAGGUCAGGCCAGAGGUGGAGGAGUCGGCAUUCCAGGGCAUCACACGAUCAGAAGAUGGCGGUGUCCUUGCCAACGUGGACUUUAGGAAAGGCGGCAGUAUAGCUGGUUAUUAAGGAAAUUUGCGUGAAGCCCCCAUCUGGCCUGUGGCAUCGUAGGGAGAUCAAAGAGUCCGUCCUGCUGCUACACAUCUAUAGGUUGUACUGUUCUCUUCUACGAACCAUUCCUGAAUUUUAUGUUCACUGCUGCACUCACUACCAUCUUUUUUAAACACCGUUUGAAGGCGCGUUUGGCAGCUGAGCCUCAUGGUUUUUAUGUGUAUUUAAGAUUGUUUUGCCUUUUGAAUGUAUACUAUGAAAGAGGAAAGUAAAUUAUUUUUUCAGCCACUGA